CGGGUUGGUUUUCAUUCCGCACCAGACCACGCCUAAACCUUACCAAUCAAAACGCUGUGCUUUGUUUUCAUAAUAAUGGUGUUCGUUUAGAUUUAUGUGUUGUCCGGUGUCUUCGAAAUUCCUCGUAGUUUUCCAUUAAUUUCCUAAUUUUUCGUUUUUCCCUUGAUUUCAAUAGCAUACACUGUAAAACUUGUGAAUUAUGUCAAGCGAAUCUGUCAAAAAUUUCCAUUACAUCAAGUGCUAUUUUGUCAUUAUUUUAAAUGUAUCAUUUUAAGUUUUCAAGCAUUGAAACUCCGGGUUAUGUGGGUUUUGCGAAUUUGCCGAACCAAGUGCACAGAAAAUCGGUAAAGAAAGGGUUUGAAUUCACCCUUAUGGUCGUAGGGGAAAGCGGUUUGGGAAAAUCCACUUUAGUAAAUGCUCUAUUUCUCACUGAUUUGUAUCCAGAAAGAGUGGUACCAGAUGCCGUUGAAAAACUUAAACAAACUGUUAAAUUGGAGCCUUCCACGGUAGAAAUUGAGGAAAGGGGGGUCAAGCUUCGGUUAACUGUAGUGGACACCCCAGGCUAUGGAGAUGCCAUAGACAAUACUGACUCAUUUUCAGAAAUUAUUAGGUACAUAGAUGAGCAGUUUGAGAGAUUUUUGAGAGAUGAAUCUGGUCUAAAUAGGAAAAAUAUUAUGGAUAAUAGGAUACAUUGUUGUUUUUAUUUCAUUUCUCCAUUUGGGCAUGGAUUAAAACCUUUAGAUGUGGAGUUUAUGAAGCAGCUUCAUAACAAGGUGAAUAUAGUUCCUGUAAUUGCCAAAGCAGAUGUGUUGACCAAAAAAGAGAUGCAGAAGUUGAAGAAGAAAGUGCUCGACGAGAUCGCCGAACACGGCAUCAAAAUUUAUUCAUUGCCCGAAUGCGAUUCCGAUGAGGACGAAGAGUACAAAGAGCAAGUGCGUCAGCUAAAACAGGCGGUACCCUUCGCGGUAUGUGGCGCGAACACUCUGCUCGAGGUCAAGGGGCGGAAAGUCAGAGGUCGGUUGUACCCUUGGGGAGUGGUUGAGGUCGAGAAUCCGGACCACUGCGACUUUAUCAAGCUGCGCACCAUGUUGAUCACCCACAUGCAGGAUUUGCAGGAAAUUACGCAGCAAGUGCAUUACGAGAACUACAGGUCCGAAAGGCUGGCCAAGGGCGUACCACCUCCCAAGAGAAACACGAUUGUGGAUGAAAAAACGAAUCUAGUCAGCGAUAAAGAUAAAAUACUUCAAGAGAAGGAGGCGGAACUGAAGCGGAUGCAGGAAAUGAUCGCGGCAAUGCAAGCGAAAAUGCAGCAGCAGUAGAGCCGUCGAAAGAAUCUCUUCCACCAAGCUUUCCUUUCGAAUCGAACAUAUCCUUAACCGUUGCCUAUCGCAGAUAUAUUAUUUUUUGCUCAGAUCUUAUAUAUUUUUUCUAGGUUUAUUAUUAUGAAUUAAGCGUUCUACGCGUUAGGAGGCCAUAUUUUUUUACUUACUUAGCUCCUAAAUAGGGUUCAGUUAAGGGAACCGCAGAUUUGAUAUAUAGUCCAAAGUAUAUAUUAUAGUAUACAUUUUCUAAUUAAAUA